CCACAGAGAUUGAGGAAAUGAAUUCAAUGGGGAGUUUUAGUGGCCGGAUUCUGAUCGCCUUAGCGAUGACGACGGCGAUGAUGGGAUCAGGUGAAGCAAUGCUGUUCGAUCUGAAGUCCGGCGACUCCAAAUGCAUCGCCGACGACAUCAACCAGAACGCCAUGACCGUCGGCAAGUACUCCGUCAUCAACCCCCUCGACGGUUACCCCCUGCCGGAUUCCCAUAAGGCCACCGUCCGGGUGACGUCUCCAUAUGGGCACCACUACCACUAUGCAGAGCAUGUAGAGUCUGGUAAUUUUGCGUUUACUGCGGCGGAGACGGGCGACUAUAUGGUUUGUUUCUGGGCGCCUGAUCACAAGCCACCCUUCACACUGUCCAUUGAGUUCGAUUGGAAGACCGGGUUUUCGUCCAAGGAUUGGUCCAAAGUUGCCAAGAAAGAUCAGAUUGAAGAGAUGGAGCUUGAGCUUAUGAAAUUGUUGGACGCAGUCUCAUCGAUUCACAACGAGAUGUUCUAUCUUCGCGAAAGGGAGGAAGAAAUGCAAGAACUGAACAUGGCAACUAAGGGCAAAAUGGCCACUUUCAGUUUUCUCUCAAUCUUUGUUUGCUUGUCUGUGGCUGCUCUGCAGCUUUGGCAUUUGAAGUCAUUCUUUGAGAGAAAGAAACUCAUCUAAUUCACUAAAAAAAGAUGACAUCUUUU